UUAUUGUUUAUUUCUAUAACUCGAGCAGGAGGAUUUACUGCUCCUUUCUUAUACGUUCCUACACUUAUACAGGAGUAUAAAGUUGCUCCUUUAUCAAAAAGCCGCCUUUGUUUACAUUUGUCUCCACAAACAUUGACAAUUCACAAUAACUGACUCCCCAUCGAACGGAAGCAUCCACAACAGCAGCAGCUAUAUGCCAUAAGCAUGAAUCUUGAACUUCUUGAGUCUUUCGGCCAAAAUUAUCCAGAAGAAUUUGAUGGAUCUUUGGAUUGUAUAUCCCUGGCUGUGACAUGUGUAUUCAACAAAUAUGGAACUCUGUUGGCGGUGGGAUGCAACGAUGGUCGUAUUGUUGUUUGGGAUUUCCUUACACGCGGUAUUGCCAAAAUAAUAUCGGCUCAUGUUCAUCCCGUUUGCAGUUUAAGUUGGACAAGAAAUGGUCACAAGCUACUGUCUGCCUCAACGGAUAACAAUGUUUGUAUAUGGGAUGUAUUGUCAGGAGAAUGUGAACAUAAGUAUCGAUUCCCCUCACCCAUACUUAAAGUGCAAUUCGAUCCCCGCAAUGACAAACGAUUUUUGGUGUGUCCCAUGCGUUAUGCAGCGGUUUUGGUGAAAAUUGGAGAAUCCCAUAAAUGCCUGCCUCUUGAUUCUGAUGGCGAUUUAAAUAUAGUGGCUUCGUUUGAUAGACGUGGUAAGCAUAUCUACACCGGCAAUGCCAAAGGCAAAAUAAUGGUCUUGGAUGUGGAAACAUUGGAGGUUGUGGCAAGUUUUCGCAUAAUAGUUGGUACAUCCAGUGCUACAGCUGUCAAGAGCAUAGAGUUUGCCAGACGAGGUGAUGGUUUUCUCAUUAACACAUCCGAUCGGGUGAUACGUGUCUACGAUUCCAAAGAAGUCUUGGCUUUGGGCAAAGAUGGCGAGCCGGAACCAAUUCAAAAACUUCAGGAUUUAGUAAACAAGACAACGUGGAAAAAAUGCUGCUUCUCGGGAGAUGGAGAAUACAUAUGUGCCGGAAGUGCCCGUCAACAUGCUCUGUACAUAUGGGAAAAAUCCAUUGGUAAUUUGGUAAAAAUUUUGCACGGCACCAAAGGUGAGUUGUUGUUAGACGUUGUGUGGCAUCCUGUACGUCCGAUUAUUGCAAGCAUAAGUUCGGGUUUGGUUUCCAUUUGGGCCCAGAAUCAGGUGGAAAAUUGGUCAGCAUUCGCCCCAGACUUUAAGGAACUUGAUGAGAAUGUAGAAUACGAAGAACGUGAAUCGGAAUUCGACAUAACCGAUGAAGAUAAGUCAGUAGAUUUAAAUGCCGAUGCUAAAUGCGAUGAAGAAAUUGAAGUAGAUGUGACAAAAACCGAACCAGUGGCUGCUUUUUGUUCAUCGGACGAGGAAGGUGAGGAUGAGAAUGCCUUACAGUUUUUGCCAAUGGCUCCCGAGGUUGAAGAUCCUGAAGAUGGUUGGGCUGUGCAAGAUGGCCUUGAGGGCGGUGGCAGCAACUCUAAAGAUACGGAAUCGUCAACAAUGCACGAUUAUGGAGAAGUAGUGGCUGCCAAAAAACGUAAAAUGAAUAGCUACGACAUUUCGCUGCCAGACGCCCCUGUCGAAGAAGUACAUCCAUUAGUGUCCAGUAAAACAAACAAAGACAAGCAGGUUGGGGGUAAAAAGGCAGCAGGACGACCUAAGAAGUAGUUAUAAGAAUACAAAUUGUAUAAAAAUAGAUUUAAUAAUAAAUAUAAUACCUAAACCCUUAUGGCAAAAAUAAUAGAAUUUAUUCUUUUUGAUUUCAUGA